AGCAGCAGCAGGCCGGGGAUGAAGUGAUUCACUGUAUGGAGAGAGAGAGAGAGAGAGAGAGAGAGAGAGAGAGAGAGAGAGAAAGGAGCUCUACACCUCUGCAACAUUUCCUCUCAUCAGUUUUUCUGUUGUUGGCGUCUUGAUCUGAUUUGUGUCGUCAGUUCUCCUGCUGUCUGUCUGUUUGUCUGUCUGUCUUCCUCCUUCACUUGAUGUUCACUGGUACUGUGAUGGAUUUCAGGACCGUUGUGACCAUCUCAGCUCUUUUCCUUAUGACAACUGGAGCACAGGUAACAAGCCAUCCGCGAGACACAAACAUGACUUCGGUCCCUGCUCCAAACAGCAACCAGAAAAUGGAAUGUACAUGCCCCAGCACUGCUCCAGCGACCAGUGCUGCUCCCGACUCCAACCCCAGAAGCUCUGGCCCUGCCCUGGGCUUAUUCACAGUCAAUUGGAUCGGAAACUGUAAAGGAGAUCUCAUCCUUCAGAUUCUCCCCAAUUCCUCCUUUCCUGUCUGUCGUGAAAGUGAGCGAAAGGUCCAGAGUCUUUUCACAAAUGUGUGCAAGAGCAAGAAAGGGUGUAAAGAACCUUUACGCUGGGACAAAGGACAACAAAAGCAGACUUGUUAUCACAUCACGGACAGCGAUUCAAAGCCGGAAGACAACUAUGAGACACUGACGGUCCAAUGUACAGUUGAUGCCCCCCGCCCCCCAGAAGAUCAGGGGCAGCUGCGCACCUACAAAGUGGUGACAGCUUUGCUGUGCUGUGUGCUGCUGGUCCUUUUACUGAUCCGCUUCACCAGACCCACUGUCAACGCCCUGCAGAAGAGACUGUCCAACAGGAGGCAGAAUCGCUGGAUCGGACCUACGCAAAGUCACAGUGUUUCUUACCAUCGAGGGAAAACUGCAGUUAAAAACCAUGACGGAGAGAAAAGACUGUCCUACCCUGCUCUGGAGCGACUGGCGGUCAGUGACAGCAGAGAGCCUUCGUCCAACAGGAACAGUGAUUACAACCUCUGACGUGCAUCUUCCUCCAUCAUCAUCAUCAUCAUCACCAUCCCCAAGUCAAUACUUAUCUUUGUGCAGGAACAUCCCCUGUUUUUAUUUGUUGAGGAACUACUUACCAACACAUUAUUUAAGAUGAUGUAGAAAUGAUCGUUCAUAAUAUAAAUCAGUGUACAAUAUCUAAACUCAAGUUAGCAGUGAUUUUCUACAUGAAAGUGACACCAGAACAAGUUACAUCAACCCGACUGAACUUUAACUUAAGAUGUGAUAUUUUAACAAAACCUUACAAUAUUUUAGGAAACACACUUAUUUGCCAUCACUGUACACUGUGCUUAUACAUAAUGGUUUUAGCAGCAGUUAGCAUUGGAUACUUCUUAAAUAGCCACCGCUUGGCCCAGUGGCUGCACGCAGCUGUCCAGGUGAGCUGCAAAAUGAAAAUCAGACAGCUUUGGAGUUGUUAGAAGGUGUAUUUUUCUCUUUUAGCCAGGCUAGCAGUUUCCCCCUGCUUCCAGUCUUUGUGCUAAGCUAGGCUGAACACUCUCAGGACUCUGUUCUGAACAAACAACAAUGAAACUGAGAACAGCAAGACAUUAAAUGCUUCUUUAAUCAGAAAAACUUUGUGACGACACUGAUUCAUUAAUAUCUGAUUGACUGAGAUAAGAUAAUGACAUUUGUUUGACUGAUUGUUUCUUUAGUUGACUGUGAUUUUUGAUAAAUAUUGUGAACUUUUUAUUUUCAGUAAAAUGAACUAAGUUGUGUUGACCUGA